AUGAAGUUUGGCGACCAUUUAAAUGAAUCAGCUGUCCCGGAAUGGAGGGAUAAGUACAUUGACUACAAGGCAGGUAAGAAAAGACUCAAGGAAUGCAAGAAGAUUUUGAGUUUGGAGAUUGAUCAGUUAAACAGUGAAGGCUCGUCAUCUAAUGUAAGUCGUUAUUCACAGCGAUCGGCCAGAUCCAGAUCUAGUCAAAUGGUUAAAAGUUACACUUUCUUACAACGACAAUGUACCAAAGAUUUCUUGGAGAAUUGGUUAAUUGAAGAAGAGUUAAACAAAGCUAAUGAAUUUUACCUUUGGUUGCUGGAACAGUCAAAGAAAACCUUUGUGGUAUUACAACAUCAAAUAUUAUUUUAUCGAAGACAACGGGAUAAUGAAUUAGAAUUAAGGAAUCUUUCUCAAAUGGACGGUAUAACCAAGCAGUACGGUAGUAUUGGGGCAGUAGAUGAAAAUGCCAAAAGAAUUUGGCGACAUUAUUUGCGUCGUCUCAAGGAACUGCUAGUUAAAAACGAUUUAUGGCCUAGUUGGCCCAAAGGAUUAACGGGCGUCUGGAAGGAGAAAAGCAGUCACAGAGGUAGAGAAACAUUUAAUAGGGCUUCCCUACCAGUAACUUCAGAUCAGGCCAAGAAGUUACUUAGCGAUGCACUAAUCGAUUUUUACAACUACUUGCAAUUGGUGAAAACUUUCAGAGAUUUAAACGUUACAGGUUUUCGUAAGAUGGUAAAGAAAUUCGAUAAAACUUGUAAAACAGAGGAGUUGGUGAAUAUGAUGGACUAUGCCAAAAAUAACUAUCCCCUCUUUAAGCACGUUCAUGCAAGCGUAACGCUCAUGACCCAACGCAUGCAACAGACUACUUCAGCACAGGCAACGGGUAAAGUUAGAGUUUCUGAUGAGACUGAAGAUCCAAUAAUAUUUUGGGAAAAUAAAACGACUGAAUGGUAUACCAAGGACUUAGCGUCCUCAGAUUCUGCUCAAAAAAGACAUAACAAGAGGCUGAAGAAACUGAGUGUGCAAUAUACUUUAAAUGAACAGAUGAUCCACCGGAAUAAUAGAGCGAUUGUACAGAUGUUCUUUUCCGGUAUAGGUAUUGGAGUAUCAACAGCCUUAAUAACCUAUACUUUGUAUCUGGCAUUUUUCUACAGACAGGGCAAUUUUAUGAUCCAUAAGAUUUUAUUCCCACUUUGGGGCGGUUGGUACAUGAUUUUAUUGUUGGCAACACUUUUCCAAUUAGAUUGUUUUAUUUGGCAUAGAAUAGGUAUUAACUACAGGUUCAUCAUGCUGGGAGAGUUCCAUUCUAAAAAUGGGACUCAGCUCUUCAAUAACGACUUCGCAACAAGUGCCAUUUCAUUACAGUUAUAUUUCUUAACUUUCCUGGUGGUACCGUGUGCUAUAUGUGCAAUCAUCAGUUUCCAUUGGCAACACAUCACACCGUGCGGAUUCAUCUACUUAGGUGUGAUCCUAUUCUUAUUCAUCUGCCCGAAUGGUAUUAUUCCAUACUGGGAUAAAGUUAUUGGUAUGAGGAAAUGGAUUUUCGUUACACUUUUCCGACUCAUAUUUUCUGGAUUGUACCCUGUGGAAUUUGGUGAUUUCUUCAUUGGUGAUAUCGUCUGUUCUUUAACAUAUUCUAUGUCAGAUAUUGCCAUGUUUUUUUGCGUCUAUUCUUCCACUCCAAAUAAUCAAUGUGGCUCUUCACAUUCUAAGGCUGUGAACAUCAUGUCAUGUAUCCCGAAUUACUGGAGAUUUAUGCAAUGUUUGAGAAGAUUUGGUGAUUCUGGUGAUUGGUUUCCUCAUCUUUUGAAUGCAUUUAAAUAUGCUCUCGGUGUCGCCUAUUAUGGAUCCUUAUGUGCUUAUAGGCUUUCUGGUCACUCUCCGAGUGUCAGAGCGCCUUUCAUACUGUUUGCUGCACUCUAUGCUGUUGUGGCUGCAGGUUGGGAUUUAAUCAUGGAUUGGUCCUUGUUCCAGACUGCCCAUCAAAAUUGGUUCUUAAGGAAUGACCUAUAUUUGGCAGGUAAAAAGAAUUGGAAGACUGGUAAAUAUUCUCUCAAAGGCAAGUUCGUCUAUUAUAUGGCUAUGAUUUUGGAUGUGGCAAUUAGAUUCCAAUGGAUCGUUUAUGCAGUGGCCCCCAAAACUAUUCAACAGAGUGCCAAGACCUCUUUUAUCCUUGCACUGACUGAAGCGGUUAGAAGAUUUAUAUGGAUUAUUUUCCGUGUGGAGAACGAACACGUUGCAAAUGUUCAUCUUUUCAAAGUCAAUGGAGAAUCGCCAUUGCCUUACCCAGUAUACGACUCUUCUGAAGAUUCAGAGUUAUUGGGUAGAGAUUCUACAGCCAUCGAUUCCAUAUCUUUGUCCAAUUUAGCAUCCACAUUGGAAGAACCAAUUGCCGCUUACCAUUCGAUGUUGAGAAGGAAGACCGGUGUAUUUGACAGUCUUUCUAAGUCUAUUCCUUGGGCCCAUGCUGGUGAUUUUCAAAGACCACCAACGUUUUCCUCUGAUAAUAAUUGGAGGGGACAAGACUCUGACAGCGAAUCUGAAACUGAAAGCUUUACAUAA